AACAGUCAUAGUGAAAAUCAAGAGGUCAGAAGAGAAGACGACACGAGUUCGUUUAUAAACACGAGGAGAAUCGUGAAAGAUCGAUUAAAACCAACAAAUUUUUGAAUCCUUAUUUUUUCCUUUGCUUCUACUAGAACGUACGAUAAUGUCUGACUGGGAUACUGCACCAAUUACUCUGCGGAAACGCAUACCCAAGGCUUCCGCUCUUAAAUCGGAGCAGGCGGUUAACGCAGCACGCAGGCAGGGAAUUGCCGUUGAGACCCAAGCCAAGUGGGGUGGAGCAACAAACAAACAGCAUACUACCACUAAAAACACAGCCAAAUUGGAUCGUGAGACUGAAGAAUUGAAACUCGAAAAGGUUACUCUUGACCUUGGCAAAUUAAUUCAACAGGGAAGACAAAAUAAGGGAUGGUCACAAAAAGAUCUUGCAAUGAAAGUCAACGAGAAAACUCAAGUUAUCAACGAUUACGAAGCUGGUAGAGGAAUCCCCAACCAGAUGGUCAUUGGAAAAAUUGAGCGAGCAAUUGGUAUGAAACUAAGAGGCAAAGAUCGUGGGAAUCCAUUACCAGCACCAGCUUCAAAAAAAUAAAUUCGGAUGACUAAAAAACAAUCUUUUUAUCCUUUUAAUUGUUUCCAUGAAACAGUUACAUGUUAAAAAAAAAUAGUAAACCAGUAAUGCAAUCUCUGUUUUUCCUUUUGUUGUUUUGAUAUGCUUUACCAGAAUAUAUUUAUUACGUUUAUAUGUAAACAUUUUAAAGUAAGGUAGCUUAGAAACAACUCAUUAUUGAGUGUUAGUCAACGGCUAAAUUUCUAUAAUAAUGUCAUGCACAGACCACAUAAGACAAACUAAUUCUUGACUGGAUUAGAAGGUUCAUUAUAAUUUUUAAGAAUACUGCGAUAAUAAAGUCUAAUUACCUAAGUUUAACAAA